CAGCUCGGCGACAUUUGCAAGCAUACGGCAAGAUGGGAACUUCCAACUUUUGGAGUGCGUGUGCAAUCUUCGGAAACUCAUUCGAAAAUUGUCCAUAUUCGACGUAUGAAUCUUGUCCGACUCCCACAAGUAUGCUAGAAACAUCAUUAUGCUUUAAGGAAGCACGUGAUGCGCGGCAUAAGGGCGAUAUUAACUUGGACGAAUAUGUGAAUCAUAUCGUGGCUCAUUAUGGAACUGUUAAACACGACUCUGAUGUUGAAGGCAAGAGGCCAUGGUUCCCUAUUGGUUUCGAACACGAAGUCAGAGAAAUAGUUCUUCGUGAAGACCACCAGGCGGUCAAUGAAACUGAUAUGGCUCGUGUCUAUGAUAUCUUCAUGUCGGCGUUCAAAGGAGAUAGCGAGAUUGUUCGGAUACAGCUCAAGGAUUUAGAGCAUCUGGAAGGCCAGUUGUUACGUCCACUGGUCGCGGUUUCUACACAAGAAGGAUUCCCAAAGCUCUUUAAUGUUUGUCUUGAAAAGGGGUUUCAGCCAACCGAAUAUAUCGAUCAGCUCAGCAUCAUGAGAAGCGCGCGACGCAAACACAGCUUGGAGUGGCUAGAGGUUCUCUUCAAUGCCGACUUUCGGAACUGGAAAACAAACAGAGAAAACUUAUGCCAGUGGAACACGUGGUCAGAAAUCUUUCGUAUGGGUCCUGAAUGCGUCCGUUGGUGGAUCGAUCGUGGAUGUCGCACAAAGAGUGCUAGAGGCCUUUUCGAACAUGACUCUACAUGGCCGGGUGUCGCGACAUUCAGUGUUUUGUUGGAGGAGUUCGGAAUAGACUGGUUCAAAGACUCGGGAACGCUUCAGAUCGCUGCGAGAAACAAGGACUUGGGCACUGUGGCACUUCUACUAAAUGCGGGAGCAGAUGUGAAUGAAGAGGUGACGGACUGGUCAAGAGACGUCCGUGAACAUCGAGCAGCACCGUUAACAGCCCUACAUGAGGCUCUAUAUGCAAGAUCGGAGGAAACGGUUCGAUAUUUGGUCGAGCACGGUGCUCGUCUCCCCCGCAAGUAUGUGGCUGAUCCGUACAAUCUGGUGCCGAAAGAUGUGAAGGUUUUGAUGGGCCUGGUAGAGAGCUUGGGUGCCAUUGGGAGUAACACACAAUUGUGAUUACUCUAUUCUCUCCCCUUUUGAGAGUCUAUCGGAAGUAGUAGUCUAGAUGGCGUAUGAGCUUGAUAAUACUUGGUGAUGAACUUGGUGGAUGAUAAAUUUGAUGUGGCUGACUAGCGUAUCCGUAGUAUGCCUUAGGCAAGAAUAUCUAUCAAUACUUGAUCUCGUGUUGUUCACCAACGAGUGACAAUGAGAUUGAGGCUGCC